UUCAGGUGUUCCGGCUUAAAGAGCUAGUAUAUAAAGGUCUCUGGGGACUUUAGACCAACCGGCGGUAGGGAAAAGACACCUAAGGUGACCAGAAUCUUCGACUCUGAGACGCUAUACAUCAAGAUGAAGUUCCUGAUUCUUGUUCUUUCCGUCACCAUGGCAACAGCCAUGGACGUUGAGUGGGAGGCCUUCAAACUUACACAUGGAAAGCAAUACAAGAGUCCAGAUGAGGAGAACGUGAGACGCGCCAUCUUUAGGGACAACAACCAGAUGAUCAAGGAGCACAACCAGGAGGCAGCCAUGGGCAGGAGGUCGUACUUCAUGGGCAUGAACCAGUUUGGGGACCUGGCACACAGUGAGUAUUUGGAGCUUGUCGUCGGUCCCGGCCUGCUGCCGCUGAACCUGUCUACUCCCUCAGAGAACGUCUUCGAGAGCACGCCGGGGCUCCAGGUUGAUGACACCGUAGACUGGAGACAGAAGGGCGCGGUAACCCCCAUCAAAGACCAGGGGCAUUGCGGGUCUUGCUGGGCCUUCAGCACGACUGGGUCAUUGGAAGGGCAACACUUCAUGAAGACAGGCAAGCUGGUGUCUCUCAGCGAACAGAACCUGCUGGACUGUUCCAGAAGAUUCGGUAACAAGGGCUGCGAGGGCGGGCUCAUGGACCAGGCGUUCCGUUACAUCAAGUCUAACGGUGGCAUCGACACAGAGGAGUGCUAUCCCUACAUGGCAAAGGAUGAGAAGGUCUGUGAUUACAAGACAAGCUGCAGCGGAGCCACGCUGUCCAGCUACACGGACAUCAAGGCCAUGGAUGAGAUGGCCCUGAUGCAGGCUGUCGGCACCGUGGGACCAGUUUCUGUAGCCAUCGACGCCAGCCACAAAUCUCUCAGGUUCUACAAAAGUGGUAUUUACGAUGAGCCCGAGUGCAGCAGGACGAAGCUGGACCACGGAGUGCUGGCGGUAGGCUACGGCUCCAUGGAUGGCAUGGACUACUGGCUAGUCAAGAACAGCUGGGGGUCUGCAUGGGGUGACAUGGGAUACGUCAAGAUGACUCGUAACAAGAACAACCAGUGCGGCAUCGCCACCAAGGCCAGCUACCCUGUGGUCUGAUUUAAACUGACCAUGCUUCUUAACUCUUUAGAUUUUACGGUAUUUUAUGAAAGAAAACAAUAAAAAAAAUGUUGAUGAAAA